AAGAUUGAGUUGUUGCCGGACUGGAAGCUGUUGUAGAUCAGUGAGCACUGGAUCGUGAUGAUGGGUGAACGUGACUUGGUACAAAUUAGGAUACGGGGCAGCAGAGUUUUGGACAAUCUCAAGUUUAAAGAUUAAGGCUCUAUACAGAGGAGAAAAGAUCGCUAAAACAGACCAAAGACAUAAAGUCACACUGAAGCGACACCGGUAGCCUUGUUCAGGACGGACUUUUCUGGCUUUAGACCAUUUUGCAGUGGAAUAUCGGAAUCUGUCAAAUCUGGGUUUGGAACCAUGAGCUCGGUUGCUGUGCUUACACCGGAGAGCUUUGCUGAGCAUCGCAGCGGCUUAGGAGACCAGGAGACCAGAGGUGGAGUACCUGAGGAUGAAGCUUAUAUCCCCACUUACCUGGAGGCUUUCCCUCCACUCCCUGAGAAGGGAGCGCCGGGGGACAAGUCCGGUGAACCAAUUGGAGCAUGGAGCAAAAUCCGACCAAUCAAAUCCUCUGUAAUCACCCAGGUCUUUCAUGUCCCUCUGGAGGAGCGCAGGUACAAAGACAACAGUCAGUUUGGUGAAGGUGAGGAGGCGAAGGUGUGCCUGGACAUCAUGCAGAAGACGGGAGCCCAUAUUGAGCUCUCUCUGGCCAAAGAUCAGGGCCUGUCCAUCAUGGUGACCGGCAAACUCGACUCUGUCAUGAAAGCAAGGAAGGAAAUCGUGGCUCGGCUUCAGACCCAGGCUUCAGCUACUGUCACCAUCCCAAAAGAACAUCAUCGGUUUGUCAUUGGCAAGAACGGAGAGAAGCUGCAGGAACUAGAAUUGAAGACGGCAACUAAAAUCAACAUCCCCCGCCCCGAUGACUCCAGCAACCAGAUUAAAAUCACAGGGACAAAGGAAGGCAUUGAGAAGUCUCGACACGAGAUCCUGCUUAUCUCUGCAGAACAGGACAAACGGGCUGUCGAGAGGAUAAACCUGGAGAAAGUCUUCCAUCCAUUCAUUGCUGGGGCUUACAACAAAGUGGUCCAGGAGAUCAUGCAGGAGACUGGAGCUCGUAUCAACAUCCCGCCUCCCAGCAUCAACAAGGAUGAGAUCUUCAUCACCGGUGAGAAGGAGCCCGUGGCCCAAGCAGGCACCCGCAUCAGGAAGAUCUAUGAGGAGAAGAAACGGAAAACCACAACGAUAUCGGUCGAGGUGAAGAAAUCUCAGCACAAGUACAUCAUAGGCCCAAAAGGUAACACCCUGCAGGAAAUACUGGACAUGACCGGGGUCUCCGUGGAAAUGCCGUCACUGGAGAGCAGUUCUGAGACCAUCAUUCUCCGAGGGGAACCUGACAAACUUGGCCCAGCUCUGACUCAGGUCUAUGCCAAGGCCAAGAGUGUGAUGGUGGCUGAAGUAACAGCACCGGCUUGGUUGCAUCGCUUUAUCAUCGGCAAGAAGGGACAAAACAUUGGCCGCAUUACCCAGCAGCUGCCCAAGGUUCAUAUCGAGUUCACAGAUGGUGAUGAGAAGAUCACACUGGAGGGCCCAACAGAGGAAGUGGAGAUUGCUCAAACCCAGAUCCAGGACAUCAUCAAUGACCUGCUGACGCGCAUGGACUACACGGAGAUCACAGUCGAGCAGAAAUUCCACCGUCAUCUAAUAGGGAAGAAUGGAGCAAAUAUAAAUCGUAUCAAGGAACAGUACAAAGUGUCAGUGCGCAUCCCACCAGAUAAUGAGAAGAGCCAUCUGAUUCGGAUUGAAGGCGAACCACAGGGCGUGCAACUGGCUAAGAAGGAACUACUCGAGAUGGCGGUCAGGAUGGAAAAUGAACGGACCAAGGACUUGAUCAUUGAGCAACGCUUGCAUCGAUCCAUCAUUGGCCAGAAGGGAGAGAAGAUUAAAGAGGUUCGCGACAAAUUCCCUGAGGUGAUCAUCAACUUCCCGGAUCCUGCACAGAAAAGUGACAUUGUUCAGCUGCGAGGCCCAAAGAACGAGGUGGAGAAGUGUGGCAAGUUCCUUCAGAAAGUCAUCGCUGACUUGAUUGAGAACAGCUACUCUGUCUCCAUCCCCAUCUUCAAGCAGUUCCACAAGAACAUCAUCGGCAAAGGAGGAGCCAACAUCAAAAAGAUCCGUGAAGAAACGAACACAAAGAUUGACCUCCCAACAGAAAACAGCAACUCGGAAGUGAUCCUCAUCACAGGGAAGAAAGCUAACUGUGAGGCUGCCCGAGACCGCAUCCUCUCCAUCCAACGUGAACUGGCGAACAUCAAGGAAGUGGAUGUUUUGAUCCCUGCCAAACUGCACAACUCCCUGAUCGGUGCUAAGGGGCGUUUGGUGCGUUCACUCAUGGAGGAUUGUGGAGGAGUGCACAUCCAUUUCCCCUCUGAAGGCUCGGGCAGCGACAAAGUCACCAUCAGGGGUCCUGUAGAAGAAGUGGAGAAAGCAAGGAAACAGCUGCUUCAGCUGGCUGAGGAGAAGCAAAUUAACAACUGCACUGUAGAGCUGCACGCCAAACCGGAAUACCACAAGUUUCUCAUCGGAAGGGGUGGCGGGAACAUCCGCAGGGUGCGGGACCGCACUGGGGCCCGGAUCAUCUUCCCAGCGGUAGACGAUAGGGACCAAGAGCUGAUCACCAUCGUCGGGAAAGAAGAGGCAAUAAAGCAGGCGCAUAAAGAAUUGGAGAUUCUCAUUAAGAACCUGGACAAUGUCAUUGAAGAUUUGAUGAUCGUGGAUCCCAAGUAUCACCGACACUUUGUGGCACGCAGAGGGCAAGUACUACGCGAGAUUGCGGAGGAGUAUGGAGGAGUGACGGUCAGCUUCCCCCGCACAGGCGUCCAGAGUGACAGAGUGAUGCUCAAAGGGGCAAAGGACUGCGUGGAGGCAGCUAAACGACGCAUCCAGGAGAUCAUCGGAGACCUGGAAGCCCAGGUGACCCUGGAGUGUGUGAUUCCACAGCGGUUCCAUCGAGCAGUCAUGGGGCUGAAGGGCUCCAAGGUACAGCAGAUCACCAGGGACUACGACGUGCAGAUCAAAUUCCCUGAACGGGAUGAGAACCAAGCAGGUCUGGAUCUGCACCCUCAGGAAAAUGGUGACUUGAACUCUGACCUCAGGGAGGUGGAGCAUGCUCCCAGGAAGUGCGACAUCAUCGUCAUCUCAGGCCGGAAGGAGAAGUGUGAGGCGGCUCGCGAGGCACUGCUGGCCCUGGUUCCGGUUACUGUGGAUGUGGAGGUUCCGUUUGAUCUACAUCGAUACAUCAUCGGGCAAAAAGGCAGCGGUAUUCGCAAAAUGAUGGAGGAAUACGAGGUAAACAUCGCGGUGCCCCCUCCGGAGCAGCAAUCCGACAUUAUCAAAAUCACCGGCUUGACAGCGAACCUGGAGCGAGCGCGAGCCGGGAUCCUCGAGCGGGUCAGAGAGCUGCAGGCGGAGCAAGAGGACAGGGCUUUACGGGGUUUCAAGUUGACCAUGUCGGUCGAUCCCAAGUACCAUCCAAAAAUUAUCGGAAGGAAAGGAGCUGUCAUUUCACAGAUUCGGAAGGACCAUGAUGUUAAUAUUCAGUUCCCCGAUAAGGGGGAUGAAAAUCAGGAUAUGAUCACCAUCACGGGCUACGAGAGGAAUGCUGAAUCGGCCAAGGAUGCCAUCAUGAAGAUCGUCGCUGACCUGGAGGAGAUGGUCAGCGAAGACAUCAAUCUGGACCACCGGGUUCACGCCCGCAUCAUCGGGGGCCGGGGGAAGGCCAUCCGUAAGAUCAUGGAGGAAUUCAAGGUCGACAUCCGGUUCCCACCGCCUGGCUCCGACGACCCAAACCGUGUCACGGUGACCGGGCUACCCGAGCACGUUGACAACGCCAUCGACCACCUCCUCAACCUGGAGGAAGAAUAUAUGAUGGCGAUCGUGGAGUCGGAGACCAUGGCGGCGUACAUGAAACCGCCCUCGCGUGUGGAGGAAGAGCCCCGCGGCUCGGCGAGAGGCUUCGUCGUGAGAGACGCUCCAUGGAACGCCCCCGGCAACAAGGCCCCAGACGUGAGCAGCGCGGAGGAAUUCCCAAUGUUUGGAACCGUGGUCGCACCGAGGCAGGCGUCCGCCUGGGGCCCGAAGAAAUUCUAAGGCCUGAGCAGUCAGUAACUUUCCGAGAAAAGCUUCCAGACCAGUUAGAGAAAAAAAAAAAGAUUUUUUUUUUUGUGAAUCUCAGUGUUCUUUUUCUGAAGCUUUGACUUGUCACAGUUUUCUAUAAAAAUUGAAAUGUCCAGAG